AUCUAGUUAAAUAUUAAGAUCCAAAUCCCAUUAAUUUCUCAAAUUUAAAAAUGAUUUCAAAAUACACUCUUCUUGGUGUACGAAAAAUAUAUAUAAAAAUGAAAAAUAAAUAAAUUCUCAUCUGUCGCCAUCAAUGGUCCAACCUGUAAUUCUCUUCAUCAUCACUCUGUCUCAUAAAUAUUCAAAUAACUUUGAGCUCAAAAACUCUCUUUCUCCUCUUUCAAAACUUUGAGCUUAAACUUUGGUUAGUUUCUAUCUCCUUCACACGAACAUGACUCUCAUUACCCCUUUAUCACCACCACCAUUAAUACCUCUCAAACCAUACACAAGCUUCGAUAUAACAAGCAAAGUCAGCCCAGACGUCCUCCUAGUAAUCAUAAUCCUCUCCAUCAUCUUCUUCAUCUCCGGUCUCAUCCAUAUCCUCGUCAAGUUCCUCCUUACACCAUCACUACAAAACAGAGAUGAUUACUUCGACAACAACAACCUCACAGCUUUUCAAGGCCAGCUUCAACAACUCUUCAACCUCCAUGAUUCAGGCGUCGACCAAUCACUAAUCGACAAGUUACCUGUCUUCCAUUACAAAUCCAUCAUUGGUCUGAAGAUUGCAUCUUUCGACUGUCCUGUUUGUCUCUGCGAGUUCGAAACAGAGGACAAGCUCAGGCUCUUGCCUAAAUGUAGCCACGCCUUUCACGUUGACUGUAUAGACACGUGGCUUCUCUCUCACUCGACAUGUCCUCUUUGCAGAUCCAAUCUCCUCCUCUCUGAUUUCUCGUCUCACCACAGUCUAAGCUCCUCGUAUCUCCUUGUUCUUGAGUCGGGAACUGAUCGAAGCUCGAGAGACAUGGUUCCUGUUCCUGAGGCUAAUGAUUAUGGGUCGACCCGUUUUGGGUCGGGUCGUAAACCAUGCGACCCGGAUGGUGAUUUGGUUGUUCCUUUAGAAGUUAAGCUAGGGAAGUUUAGGAACGUAGAUCAUGUUGGUGACGGAAGUGACAAUAACAUUAGUGGUAAUAGUAAUGUAGAUGUUAGGAGGUGUUUUUCAAUGGGGUCAUAUGAGUAUAUUGUGGACCAAGAAGCUACACUUAAAGUCCACGUUCCCAACAAGAAACAAUCCGACAAAGACGGUCGUUUCCCUGGCCAGAGAGCAGUUAUGUCCGAAUACGGUUUUGAUCCUACGGUUAAGGGAAUUGGGAAGAGUGUUGUGGAAAGAGAGAGCUUUUCUUUGUCUAAAAUUUGGCUAAGGGGUAAAAGGGAGAAGCAAAAGGGUACUUGUGUUAGGGAGCAUGCAUGUUCUUCGUUGUCUUCCUCUUCUAUUCGAAUUCCGAACCAAAUGAAUCCUGCCAAGACCAAGAAUGGGAUCGUUAUUGAUGAAGAGAAUCAAAAGAGCGAAAAUUCUGAAUCUUUGGAAACGAAAACCCCAUCUUUUGCUAGGAGGACCAUGCUUUGGCUUGCAGGGAAACAAACCAAGGCUGUUCAUUCUUCUACAUCUAAUGUGUAGUUUUCUUUCUUAUUUGAGUUUUACUCUUACUUUACAAGUGUGUGUGAAAAUUUGUGAGUUUUUUUAGAGAGGAAGUUGAUGAAUAGUGGGAUAUUAAUUAAUAUAUGUAGGGUUAUUACUUCUAAGGCACAUUGAGAAUUUGGUUUGUCUGUGCUGCCACCCGUUGUUCUAAUUCUUAAUAUUUCUUUCUUAUAA